UGAGAGUAAUUCAAAGAGUCGGUCUGUAUUUGUUAACAGCUGUUGCAUUGAAAAAACGACUAUAAAUUCCGACUAAAAUACUUGAUUAUAAAAUAAAUAAGUAGUUAGUCCAUCUUCACUAAACAACACAAAAAAAAAAAAAUAAAACAGAUACUUGAAAUAAUUAGUGGUUUAGUCCAUUGAAAAUCAACAUAAAAAAAAUUGUUUCACUAAUACGAAAUAAAACUAUGGGGAAGAAAUUGAGAUAUUCUAGCAAAUCGAAAACUGCUACAAAGGAAACGUUUAGUAAAAAACAUUUGAAUAGUAAAUUCAAGCAUCGGAGUAGUUCUGCAGUUGAAGUACUAAAGAAACAAAUUGACUUAGAAAAGAGUACCUUAAAGUACCAAGAUUUAAGCAAGAUUCCAGAGGAAAUCGCUGAACAGGAAGAGCAAGAAGAUCAUUUCCAAAGUUUUGUCAACGAAUUGAGUGUAGCAACUAAAAAACGGCCAUCUUUUAAAGAAGCGCUGCCAACCUUGUUAGCUUCGAAGUCGCAAGAUCGUGCAUUAAGCAAACAAAAAUCUAAACUAAGUCAGAGUAAAAUUUCGGGCAAAGAGCACGCACAUUUGGAAAGAUUGUUACCGCCUUCUAACCGUUUUAAAGAGCACUUAAAUCAUGAAUUGGAUGCGGAAUAUGUAGAAAAAUUAAUGAUGGGAUCUAUAGAGAAACUUAAAAAAACCAUUAGAUGGUCUCAGUUAGAAUGCUUGCACGUGCUUAUACCUAAAAAUAAAGACAACGACCAAUUAAUUCACAUCGAUGAAAAUCCACCUAAAACACUGGAGACAGCUACUGAUCUAGAGGCUGUUGGUGUGCAGCUUUCCCUAGCUAAUAAAUCUCCCAUCCCAUUAAGCGAAUUGCAAAGCGAAUUAUUUUCCAUUGUCAACGUGUAUAAAGAUCUUUAUUAUCCUCAUCGAACUUUAGCGAACGGAGAAGAAGUUCGUUUAGUGUACACUUUACAUGCUUUUAAUCAUAUAUUGAAGACCCGAGCCUGUGUUAUGUUGAAUAAUAAAAAAAUUGAAGAAGAAGAAAACAGUAAUAAAGGCUUAGCAUUGGCUGAUGCAUAUCGUGAUCAAGGACUAGCGCGUCCUAAAGUAUUGAUUGUAGUGCCAUUUCGUGAUUCUGUAUACCGCAUAGUUUCAUUAAUGGCAAAUAUUGUCAAAAAGAACGUUUCGACAUCAUCGUCAUCAUCAUCGGACAAUAAUCAAAAAACAAUUAUGAAUUAUGAACGAUUUUUGCAAGAAUUUACGGGGAAUAGUUUGUACUUUCCUAAAACAAACCCUAAGCCGGAGGAUUAUGAGAAAACUUUUACUGGCAAUACGGACGACAAUUUUCGUUUAGGAUUAUCUUUAACGAAAAAGACUUUAAAGCUUUACACUGAUUUCUAUGCAUCAGAUAUCUUAAUAGCUUCCCCUCUUGGCCUAAGGGUUACAAUGGGCGGUACCAGCAAUAGCGAUGUAGAGCAUGAUUUUUUAAGUUCCAUCGAAGUUCUCAUUAUUGAUCAAGCAGAAUUGAUUUUGGCUCAGAAUUGGGAAAAUCUUUUGCAUAUUUUAGAACACAUGCACUUACAACCAAAAACUUUACGAACGACGGAUAUAAAUCGUGCUCGCCUUUGGUGUCUUAAUGGUUUUUCCAAAUUUUAUCGUCAAACGUUGGUGUUCGCUUCCCAUGAAUUACCAGAAUUUCGAGGCGUUUUUAACAAUAAAUGUUGCAAUUACGAAGGAAGCGUGCGGAUAUCUAACCCUGUACAGCAUGGUGAAAUACACAAUGUUUUGGUACCUUUGGCUCAAGUGUUUCAACGCAUUGAUGUUACCGCUUUAGAAAAUGUACACGAGCAGCGUUUGCACUAUUUCAUCCAUAAGGUUUUGCCUCAAUUUAAAAGCAGUAUAUUUGCUCAUACGAUGAUCUAUGUGCCAAAUUAUUUCGACUACGUCCAAUUGCGGAAUUAUUUUAAAACAGAAAAUCUUAGUUUUGUUCAAAUUUGUGAAUACACGAAAAAGGAAAAAAUUGCCCGGGCCCGAGAUAUGUUUUUUCAUAGUGCCGCGCAUUUUUUACUUUACUCGGAACGUUCACAUUUUUUUAAACGCACCCGAACGAAGGGUAUUCGCCAUAUGAUUAUGUAUCAGCCACCGAUGUUUCCCCAUUUCUAUGCUGAAAUGAUUAAUUUGAUGCAUUCAUCCAAUCAAAAUGCUCGAGAUGGGUUAGAGGAUUCUAUGAGUUGUACAGUGUUGUACACUAAAUAUGACCAAUUGCUUUUAAAUGGUAUAUUGGGCAGUGAGAAUACUGCAAAAUUGUUAGAAUCCGAUAAGCCUAUACAUAUUUAUGCAGCGCAAUAACACUUGUUAGCUCUAUAAUUUCU